AACUGGAACAGAACGUCAGAUGAAAGAAACAUUAAAACGUCAUUAAUUUGCUUACUUGGUGUGGUGUUUGUGAUUGAAACAGUUGAGUUUGCUGCGUGCGAAUUUUAGCAUAUUAUUUGUACAAUUUAUUUUUAAUUUAAUUUAGCCAAGGUAGACUCUUUGAACAAACAGAAAAAUGUCGAUCUAUCCGUCAUUGGAGGAUAUGAAAGUUGACCAGUUAUCUAAGGCACAGUACCAGCUGGAGUCACAGUACUACAAUGCUCCCGCAGCGCAGCCUGCUGCAGUGUCCUACCCCUCAGCCCCCCUGUACCCCUCCUCUCUCCCGUACCCUGUCGCCCCUUCCCCCAUAUCUCAGCAGUCCACUCCCGUACGCAAUGAACGCCCCAGUCGUCUACCCCUCCCUAUCAGACUACAUGGGACUGGAACUCACCCCCGAAGUGAUUGCUGCGAACAUGCCUGAAUAUGUAGGGACUGUCGCUCUACAGCCACCGAGAGAAUUGGCGCGGACAGAGAGUGGAAUGGUGGCUCCGAUCUCUAACCUCACUGUGGGGUUGCAACGCGCUCAAGUCAACCACGGCAUCCGUGAGUUGGUGCUGUGCAAGGACAGGGAUGGCAAGGUGGGAGUACGAGUAGCUGCUAUCAACAAGGGAGUGUUUGUGUGUCUGGUGAUGAAGGAUACUCCGGCAGCAAUGGCAGGUCUCAGGUUCGGAGACCAGUUGCUGCAGGUCAACGGUGAGGUACUGGCGGGAUACAGCCGUGAUCAGGUCCACAACCUGUUCAAGAAAAGUCCUGUCAACGGAAUCUCUGUCAUCGUCAGAGACAGACCGUUCGAGCGAACCGUGACCCUCCACAAGGACAGUGUUGGUCACGUAGGGUUCCACUUCAAGAACGGAGAGAUAUUCCGGCUAGUGAAGGACUCGAGUGCGGCGCGCAACGGAGUUCUGACAGAACACCACCUCCUCGAAGUGGACGGCCAGAACGUCGUGGGACUCAAGGAUAAAGAGAUUGCUACGAUCAUAGAGAAGGCUCCUCCUGUCGUCACCAUCACGGUUAUUCCCACUUUCGUCUAUGACCACAUCAUGAAGAAAAUGGCCAGUAACCUAGUGAAGGCUGCCAUGGACCACUCUGUCCCCAGCCUUUAAUGGAUCUCUGCUGACGACGUCUUUACCGAUCAUUACUUGACGCUAGACUGUGUUACUUUUUUCCAUAAUGUAUUUAUGUCGUGUUCCAAGCUACUUUUGUCUUUCAGUCAACGGCUUUGAAACUUCCCUUCCUGUUGCAAUUUUUUUUCGCAAAUCAUUAAAAACGCUUGGACACAAAUGUUUUGGUACUACACAAAUUCCUCCAUCACCUUGGAAGUGUUUUUAUUGUAAAAAUAAUGUUGCAAAAACUCAAAAAUAGGCUCUCUAUUUAGUUUUUUUGUGUACUCUUAACAAAGUGCAUUCAAUCUAAGAUGUUAUCUGUAUUCUAAGACUAAUACGAGAUGCCUAAAUGACCUGAUUUUAAAUGAUUUGUUGGCAAUAUUUUUAUAUAACUGUAUCUGACGUGUGAUGUAUUAUUUGUAAUUAACUCAGUUAAAUUUGCAAUGAGCACGUGCCAUGUUAAGACAUGAAGAAGUUGAUUAUGAUUUAGGACUUCUUUUAACAAUUUUAUAUAUUUUAUAUGCAUAUUAUACAUAUUAUAUAUUAUUCCCAGUUAAUAAUCCAUGAAUCUAUUUUAUAAUUGUAUGUUGAUCUUUAUACAGAGUGCGUCAAAAGUAUGAGCUGCCUCCCCACAAAGAUUUUAACUUUAAAGAUUAGAAAUAAUUUUGAACAAUCCCAGCUGUUAAAUGUUUUUCAAUAUUUAAUUUUAAAUGAGCAAUCAGCAGUGUGUUAUCAAACUUAUCAUUAACUAGUGCAUUCUGAGGACGUUUGGAAAUUAAAUUUUAUAUAAACAAAUUUAGAUGUAAUCAAGAGGAUCUCAUACUUUCGGUGUACACUGUGGUUAUAACUGAGUUGGAAUUGUGCAAUUAUAACUUUGAAACAUAAUACUUGUUAAACGAGCUCACUUAUUUCUACGGCGUGUUUUAGAUCUGAUCGAGAAUUGUUUAUUGUUAACAGCAAAGUGAUUUGUCAUAGCUUAAAUAAACAUUAUUAAAGUAUGUUAGUUAGUAGUAAAAAUCGUUAAUUGUGAACAAUACAAGUUUUGUUUAUUAGCACCACUUUGUCGUUUGUUUUCUGUUUUCAUUACAAAUGAAAUUUCAAUGCUGAUUUAAACUCUGAUAUUGUAGACUUGGGUAAUAAAUUCAGCCUGUGUUCGAGUGAAGUUUGAAUUCUGUUAAUUGAAAUUACUAGAGGACGUAGAUACCAUAAUUAGGAAGACUGAUACACAAUCUGUAGAGUGCGUUGUUAUACCGUAGCCAUUGGUGCAGUGUUGGUAUUUCCACUGCUUUGUUUAAACCGUUAAUUGUGUCAAAAUGGAAUCAGUAGCUUUAAAUAAAACUACCAAAUCUAGUUUUUUUUUUCCGUUAGCUCGUGUAAUAUUGCCUAAGUAGAGUUGGUAAGUGUCUGUGACUCGCAAGUAGAACAUAGUCGUUAUUUUUGCACAACAUAAUAUUACCACUCUGAAGAGUUUAAUAUGUUAGAUUCAUUAGGAAAUAUAUAUUUCGUGUUUUGUAUAUGUUUAUGUAUGAUUUAAAUAAAACUAUUACUAUUUAA